AUGAUUAAAGGUAGAGAUAUCAAUGUCAAAAUAGAUAUUUCAAAUCUUACCUGUAAACUUUGCUUUGAAAACCCCAUAGCUCUUAAUGACUUAAUCAAUCAUUUAAUUUCUAAACACCAUGUAAACUAUGAUAAAUCGAUCGAUUGCCUGCAACCUUUUAGAGUAGUCAAAGAUAACAUGCCCUGUCCAAUUUGUCCGGAUACUGUCUUUAGAUAUUUUAAGAAACUUCUCGAACACAUGAACGAAUUCCAUUCCGAUAAUAAUAUCGUCUGCGCGCAUUGUGGUCUAACUUUUAGAGGACAUCCGAACUAUCGUGCUCAUAUGUCUCGAUAUCACAGAAGUAAGGCGUGUCAAUGUCCCGAUUGUAAUAUGGAAUUUUGGAAUUUAGAAAAAUUGGCUCGCCACAGAGCUAAUAUCCACGGUACGAAAAAGUACAAAUGUCCUCAAUGUGUUGAAAAAUUUAUAACACAGCAUUUGAUGCGUAAACAUCAAAUAAUUGUUCACGGUUUUGGUCACAAGUGCCCAUACUGUAGUAAAAUGUUUACACGCAAUUCUCAUAUGAAGAACCACGUGAGACGGCUUCAUUUGAAAGAAAAAAAUGUGGAAUGUACAGUUUGCAAGGAGAAGUUUUUCGAUAGGGCACUUUUGAAUGUGCAUAUGGUCAAACAUCUGGGUGAGAGAAAUUACCACUGUGAUGUAUGCGGAAAGAAAUUUCUAUGGAAGAAAAAUCUUCGCGGACACAUGACGUCCCAUGAACGAAAUAUCUGA